UGUGGCCCCUCGUGUGCCUGGGCCCGGGUGCGCCGCGCGCGCAGCGGCGGAAGACGCGUCCGGGCGAGGACUCGGACAGAGACCGCGCGUCCCCGGAGUCUCGGGUGCCGGUGCCUCCAGCUCCGCCAAGGAGAUGUCCACCCUCCCUCAGAAGGAAUCCAGGAUGACUACCGCCUGUCCAGGUUCAGACUCCAUACAGGGCCUGCCCGGUAACAAGGGAGAUGGUCUGGAAAGAGAAUGCUCCAGAAAACCAGACCAGAAGCCACUGAAGUUCUAUGGGGUGGGUGACCCCACUGCCAUGUUCUCCUCCGGCAGCCCCUACCUGUCCUCUAGAGGAAGCGUCAUUAAAUGGUUCUGGGAUUCAGCUGAGGAGGGCUACAGGACCUACCACAUGGACGAAUAUGAUGAGGAUAAGAACCCUAGUGGCAUCAUUAACUUGGGCACCAGUGAGAACAAACUCUGCUUUGACCUGCUGUCCAGACGGCUGAGUCAGAGCGACAUGCUGCAGGUGGAGCCGUCCCUGUUGCAGUACCCCGACUGGAGGGGACAUCUGUUCCUCCGGGAGGAAGUGGCCAGGUUCCUGUCUUUCUACUGCAGAAGCCCUGCACCCCUUAAACCGGAGAACGUGGUUGUUCUGAACGGCUGUGCCUCUCUCUUCUCUGCUCUGGCCACGGUGCUGUGUGAGGCGGGGGAGGCUUUCCUGAUCCCUGCGCCUUACUAUGGAGCCAUCACGCAGCACGUGUAUCUCUAUGGCAACGUCCGACUGGUCUAUGUCUAUCUGGACAGUGAGGUCACUGGGCUGGAAACACGCCCCUUCCAGCUCACAGUGGAGAAGCUGGAGAUGGCCCUGCAGGGAGCUAAUUCUGAGGGUGUGAAGGUCAAAGGCCUCAUCCUCAUCAACCCCCAGAAUCCUCUGGGUGACGUCUACUCCCCAGCGGAGCUGCAGGAGUACCUGGAGUUUGCCAAGAGGCAUGAGCUGCACGUGAUGGUGGACGAGGUCUACAUGCUGUCCGUGUUUGAGGAGUCCGUUGGGUACCGCAGUGUCCUGAGCCUGGAAAGGCUGCCUGACCCCCAGAGGACCCACGUGAUGUGGGCAACCAGCAAGGACUUCGGGAUGUCUGGGCUCCGCUUCGGCACGCUGUACACGGAAAACGGGGACGUGGCCACGGCGGUGGCCUCCCUGUGCCGCUAUCACGGCCUCAGUGGCCUGACCCAGUAUCAGAUGGCACAGCUGCUCCGGGACCGUGACUGGAUCAACCAAGUGUAUCUGCCAGAAAACCACGCCCGGCUCAAGGCUGCCCACACCUAUGUCUCGGAGGACCUCCGGGCCCUGGGUAUCCCCUUCGUGAGCCGCGGGGCCGGCUUCUUCAUCUGGGUCGACUUGAGGAAGUACCUGCCCGAGGCCACCUUUGAGGAGGAGGUGCUGCUCUGGCGUCGAUUUUUGGAGAACAAGGUGCUGCUGUCCUUUGGCAAAGCCUUCGAGUGCAAAGAGCCUGGCUGGUUCCGCUUGGUCUUCUCGGACAAGACCCACCGGCUUCGCCUGGGGAUGCAAAGGGUCCGACAGGUGCUUGAGGGCCAACCCCAGGUGGCAGAAGACGCCCCUCCCCGCCAGAUCCAGGAGCCACGAGGCCCCCACAGGUGAGCUGGUCACUGCCUCGUGGCCACAGGGCCCCGCAGCCACUGUGAAGACUGUUGCUGGACAGGCCGUUUGCCAGGCAGAUACACUUCUCGGCCUUGCCCUUGAAGAAGAAUCCUUGCUCCUUGCUCUCCCAGGGGCAGCAAGAUGCGCCUUAAGUUGUGGUCCACCCCCUCUCUCCUGCUAUUAAAACAAAACAGGGAAAAACUAGAAGCCUCUGCUGUGACUCAUUUACGGAACAGCGGAGGAGUCGUGACUGUUCCUCACACAGCUCUCGGCACCCCCAGGAUGUGAAAAUAAACAACCUGUACCUCCUUUU